AUGUGUCAGAAGGAGCAAGAGGAGGAGGAAGAGAAGGAGGAAGGGAGGUACAUAAUUAUUUUGAGGCUUAACAGAGCACCAUCUAUACUUUAUAAUGUGGUAUUUUGUAGACAUGAAGGUUGGAGCAGUGUUGCCAAAUUUCUAACCGAAGAUGUCCCUCAACUUCUAAAGUCAGAGGAUCUAAAAGACAUUCAGGAAGUACUCUCUCUUGCUUUUAAAUCUCCUCCCAGUGAAUUGAGAGGGUUAAUAACAUGGAUUGUUGAAGUUCGCAGACAAGAAGAUGGGAAUCUCACAUUGAGUGAGGAGGAGAAAGGAAGGCUAGUUAUCAAGGCUCACAUACUGGAACAGAUUCAAACAACUGGACUCUUCAAACACGUGACAAGGUGGUUGGAUUCUAAAAGUUCAUGUUGUAAUACUUUGGCAAACCUUGGUGACAAAGAUAUGUUACCAGCACUUGCUGCCAGUGUUUGUUGCCAAGCAGCAAAUCUUUUGACUGUUUGUGGUAGGCUAGGUUUGUUAGGUGGAAAAUGCUGUAGUCAAAUAGAUGUAAAACAUCUGAAUGCUGAUAGUGAAAAUCCAGUAACAUUAGUUUCAGGAACUGUUACAACUGGUGGUGGUAGUGAACAAGGAGUUGAUGUGUUGGUCCCUUUGUGUCAAAGGGAACCAAGUAGGUUGUGUCUUUCUAAUGAAGGUCACUGCAUUGGCAUGCACCCGUCUACUGCAGAUGUCUUAACGGUGCUUUUAUUGGCCUUGCCCUUGCAUACGUGGUCUGGCAUUAAAGAAGAAAAGUUGUGUGUGGAAGCUUUGAGCCUUCUAGCAACAGAAGAUCUCCCUCCCCUACUUCAGGAAGAGGUGUUUACAAAUUCAAGUGGCUCGUAUCUGUCAAUUUCUGUGGACCAUCUGGUUCACAAGAAACCAAUGGCUGUUUUCAACAAAGGAAAGUCCCCAUGUGACUACUCCAACUGUUUGUCUUAUGAAAGCCAAUUUGGAUGCCUCUGUGAAGAAGAAUAUAAGGACUUCGAUGAAGUCGUUGCUGCAGCAUCUUUGGUUAUUCCUCGCUGCUAG